AUGUCUCUUCCAGUCAAUGUUCAUAUCUCUACCCACCCGUGCCUCCAAGCCAAGCUCUCUUUAAUUCGCUCAUCCUCUACUACUCCCCGCGAGACACGAGGCCUAGUUCAUGACAUUGCCAACAUUCUAGGCGUUGAGGCCUUUUCCGGGCUCAAGCUAGCUAAGACAGGAACUGACACCACCCCUCUCGGAGUCGAGUAUGAAACGCAGGGCAUCGACCCAGCAGAUCUGGCUCUAGUGCCCAUCCUUCGCUCUGGCCUGGGAAUGGUUGAUGCCCUGAACGACCUUCUCCCCACUCCCGUCCCCGUCUACCACCUAGGUCUCUUUCGCGAGAAAGUUUCCCUCCAACCCGUAGAAUACUACAACAACCUCCCCUUCCACCGGUCGGAGUUGUCUCUUGCAUCCCCCGCCUCUCUAAACCCAACCACCAACACCGCAGCCGCCACACUGGCUGUCCUACUAGACCCGGUUAUUGCGACAGGUGCAACAGCAGAAGCGGCUAUCCAGUUGCUGCGUGAUUGGGGCGUGAAGAAGGUCAUUAUGCUCAGUGUGCUGGCUUCAGAGGAGGGCAUCCAGCGUGCUGCCGGCACUUGGGAUCAGGUCGAGGUUUACGUUGGUGGUAUUGAUAAAGGCGUGAAUGAGAAGGGAAUGAUCGUUCCCGGACUCGGGGACAUUGGGGAUCGACUGUUUGUUGCCGUUGGAAAGUAG